AUGGCAGACGUUGAGAUCGAUGUCGCAGCAGCAGGGCAGCCGAAGAAGAGGACGUUCAAGAAGUUCAGUUUCAGAGGCGUGGAUCUCGACGCGCUUCUUGACAUGUCCACCGAUGAGCUCGUAAAGCUCUUCAGUGCUCGCGCUCGCAGAAGGUUCCAGAGAGGCCUUACCAGAAAACCUAUGGCCUUGAUUAAGAAGCUACGUAAAGCGAAAAGGGAAGCUCCAGCAGGUGAGAAGCCAGAACCAGUGCGCACCCACCUCCGCAACAUGAUCAUUGUGCCUGAGAUGAUUGGUAGCAUCAUUGGAGUAUACAAUGGCAAGACCUUUAACCAGGUUGAAAUCAAACCUGAGAUGAUUGGGCAUUAUUUGGCCGAGUUUUCGAUCUCCUACAAGCCAGUUAAGCACGGGAGACCUGGUAUUGGUGCUACUCACUCAUCCAGGUUUAUUCCUCUUAAGUGA